ACCACAUCCUCCUGAAUGACCGUAGUAUGCCAGGACCACCCCAAAACCGCAGUGCAGACCCCAUUGGCUGCUGAUACGACUAGCACUGCUGGAACUGCCCAGGCAGAACAGCAACAGAAAGAAGUGUGCAGCUGCGGCUCCUGCAGCCCUUUUCGCCUCGUGCUGCACCCACUUCUGAAUGCUUGGGGCUUCACCACUGGCAGCAUGCAGUUCCCUUGCCUUCUUCUCUUCAUCCUUCCUGGGAUGUGGGCAGACCCAGAGGGCUCUCAGAAACUCCACCUAUUCCAUAGCUGUACCUUCUACAAUAGCAACUCGGUGGAACUUUCAGGCUGGGCCACCCUGGAGGACAUCAUCAUCGCUGCCCUGCAGAAAUACACCCGGGAAAUCAUUUACCUCCAACCAUGGGUCUCCCCAGCCCUGCCCGCAGACGAGUGGGAAAAUCUGCAAAAUAUGUUCAGGAUCUAUUUGUACAACUACAUUCAGAUACUGCAGGACAAAGCUAGGCUGUACCAGAUUCCCUACCCUUUUGUGUUCCAGUGCAGGAUGGGCUGUGAACUGCACCCCAACGGCUCCUCCACAAAAUUCUACCGUCUUGCCUACAAUGCUCACAGCUUCGUCAGCUUUGAUGUGGACAGCAGCCACUGGAAGAGGUGGCAGGAGAAUGAGCUGGCAGUGAAUGUUCAGAGGGAGCUCAGCAGUUUCAUUGGUUUUUCCGCAUCGCUGCAGUACCUCCUCAACUUCACCUGCAUUGACCACAUGAAGAGAUUCAUUGAAUAUGGCAGGGCGGCUCUGGAGAGACGAGAGCCACCUGUGGCCACUGUCUUUGCCCACAUGCGUGACCCAGCUCAGCUCCUGCUAGUCUGUCGUGUCACUGGCUUCUACCCGCGACCCAUCAGUGUGGCCUGGUUGCGGGAUGGCCAGGAGGUGCCGCCGGGCCCAGGACUCAACACCAGCACCAUCCUGCCCAAUGCUGACCUCACCUACCAGCUCCGCAGCACCCUCAUCGUGGCCCCCGACGAUGGGCACACUUACGCUUGCCGCGUGCGCCACUGCAGCCUGGGUACCCACAGCCUCCUCAUCCCCUGGGGCAGCUCCAAGGGGGCCCUUGGCAUUGGUGUUGCUGUUGUGGUGCUGCUCACUGUGGCUGCGGCCUGCAUUGCGACCGUCUGGUACUACAGGCACAGGUGCUGAGAGCGUGGGAUGCACCAGCCCCAGGGAGACUCAGAGGCCAUGCCAAUCCCCUCAACUUCCUGAUAAUAAACUGCUAUUUUAAACCCUCGA